GACUGGAGAGCCAUUCCAUUCGAGUGGCUGCAUACCUAUACAACCACAAGGGUGAAGGCUGGGAUGGUGAGAGUCCUGGGCACCCAGAAGAACAUGCCCUGCCUGGAGGACCCAAGCACCUGACAUAACACGGCCUCAACAGCUGUCCGGUGACUCUUUCUCCGACCCCUGCCUGUGAACAUCUCUUUCAACAUGAGCCACAGCCUCCACUUGGCGUUCGUGUUUCUGAGUCUCUUCACUGGAAGGAUGUGCAUCCAGGGAAACCAGUUUAACGUGGAGGUCAGCAGAAGUGACAAGCUUUCCUUGCCUGGCUUUGAGAAUCUCACUGCAGGAUAUAACAAAUUUCUCAGACCAAAUUUUGGCGGAGAUCCCGUUCAGAUAGCCCUCACUCUGGACAUCGCAAGCAUCUCUAGUAUUUCAGAGAGUAACAUGGAUUAUACAGCCACUAUAUACCUCCGGCAGCGCUGGACAGACCCACGGCUCGUGUUUGAAGGAAACAAGAGCUUCACUCUGGAUGCCCGCCUGGUGGAGUUCCUCUGGGUCCCAGACACUUAUAUCGUGGAGUCCAAGAAGUCCUUCCUCCAUGAAGUCACAGUGGGAAACAGGCUCAUUCGACUCUUCUCCAAUGGCACAGUCCUGUAUGCUCUCAGAAUUACAACAACUGUUACGUGCAACAUGGAUCUGUCUAAAUACCCGAUGGACACGCAGACAUGCAGGUUGCAGCUGGAGAGUUGGGGCUAUGAUGGGAAUGAUGUGGAGUUCACCUGGCUGAGAGGGAACGACUCCGUGCGUGGCCUUGAGAACCUGAGGCUUGCUCAGUACACCAUUCAACAGUAUUUCACCUUAGCCACCAUAUCACAGCAGGAGACAGGAAAUUACACGCGGUUGGUUUUGCAAUUCGAACUUCGGAGGAAUGUCCUGUAUUUCAUUCUGGAAACGUAUGUUCCUUCCACCUUCCUGGUGGUGUUGUCGUGGGUGUCAUUUUGGAUCUCCCUCGAUUCCGUUCCUGCAAGGACCUGCAUUGGAGUGACCACCGUGUUAUCCAUGACCACACUGAUGAUCGGGUCCCGUACAUCUCUACCCAACACCAACUGCUUCAUAAAGGCCAUCGAUGUGUACCUGGGGAUCUGCUUCAGCUUUGUGUUUGGGGCCUUACUCGAAUAUGCAGUUGCUCACUACAGCUCCUUACAGCAGAUGGCAGCCAAAGAUAGGGAGACAGCGAAGGAAGUGGAAGAAGUCAAGAUUACUAACAUCAUCAACAGCUCCCUCUCUAGCUUUAAACGAAAGAUCAGCUUUGCUGGUAUUGAAAUUGCUGCUGACAACGUUGACUACAGCAACUUAACAACAAAAGCCAGUGACAAGUUCAAGUUUGUCUUCCGAGAAAAGAUUGGCAGAAUUGUUGAUUAUUUCACAAUUCAAAACCCCAGCAAUGUGGACCGGUAUUCCAAGCUAUUAUUUCCUUUGAUUUUUAUGCUAGCCAAUGUAUUUUACUGGGCAUACUACAUGUAUUUUUGAGAUGAUGUUGAACUUUCUGCAUGCCAUAUGUCUUUAGCAGAACAGAGUAAUAAUGUAAAUGGUAUUCUAAGCCAAGUGUGCACCCUACCCCAAAGGGCUACUAAUGGGCUAAAAUGGCAGUUGAGUGUGUUUCUUCAAAGAAUGAAAAUCUCAACAAUUAUUCUAAUGGUUAUUACCAUCCUUUCCUCUUCACAAAGCCCACGAUUACAAGCCUGUGCAGGGCUGUUUACACACCAUCUCCCUGGUCUAUAUUUACCUCAGAAGAAUAUAAGAAAAAGACCACUAAAUGUAUUGAAGAGCCCUCACAUUUUAGGGGUUGUUUCUAUGUUAAUCAUGUAGUAUUUACUGAAUCUCAGCAAUGUUUAUGGAAAACAUUGUUCUUAGGGAUAAUACUUUCUAGUGUGCUUUUUUAGUCCAAAAUGAAAUGUGGGUUUAUGUCAAUCCACAGGUAGUUACUGUGCUAACCCAAUACCAAGAUGAGUUUUAGUAAAUAUUAUUUAAUGCCACAGUAGAACUGUCUCCAAAUUACAAUAAGUCCCAUAAUUAAAAAGUCAAAUACCAGCUGGGCGUGGUGGCACACACCUUUAAUCCCAGAACUCAGGAGGCAGAGGUAGGAGGAUUGCCAUGAGUUCGAGGCCACCCUGAGACUUCAUAGUGAAUUCCAGGUCAGCCUGGGCUAGAGUGAGACCCUACCUCAAAAAACAAACAAACAAACAAAAAGUCAAAUACCAGUGAAUAAAAUUAGUGAGUCAAUAAUCUAAAACAUGAAUCCUUUGAUUCCCCAGAUUAGAAGGACUGUGGACUUUACUCUCUGUUAUGGUCGUCUUUUCAACAGAGUGUAUUAUAUUCCUCAGUCAUAAACAAAGCAAAACCCCUUUUACCACUCCAGGGAAAUGGGAGAAGCUUUUCAAACCUUAUUCUAGAAGUCUUAAUACAGAACAUUGUCAUGAAGACUUGCAGAGUCAAGUCCAGUUUUGGCUACCUUUACUCUCAUGCUGGCUGGGUACCAGUGGACAAGGAGUACUCUGUCAGUGAGUCAUUUCUCUAGAGGAGCCUUCAUCCUGUGUUCCAGUGACUGAUCAGGAGUGAUGCCUACUAGGUAAGGAGCCACAGUACGUAGGUAUAAGCACUUCGCUCAAGUAUACUCAUAUUCCUGAUCCUUCUAGCUGGACUACACAGAUUAGCUUAUCCUAUUAUUAUAAGGAUGGGACUGCUGGCUCCAAGUGCUGAAUGUUCUGAGCAAUGAGACAUGUUAUAGAACCCAUGUUUAUGUGAGUGAGCUGUCUAUUCCAAGUUCCAGCCACCAUCACCCUGACAGAGGAACACAUGCGCAUCACCUCUGCUCCUUGGACAGGCUCAGACAAUAUAUUGUACCAUAAGUGGUGACUUGAAGACAAAGGCUUCCAGUUCAGCCUCAAUUAUUUUAAUGAUUCUCACCAUACUCAACUCUUUAGCUUCUUUUUCUAAUGAAUGCAUAGUUCUCACCUUCCUUUCCAAAACAAACCAUAGCUUUAGGAUUUCUUUAAUUUCCCACACCUAUAGGCUUUCAUUCUUUUUGCUUCAUAUAUCCUUUGAAGGGAUAGGGCAAAAGGGGGAAUGUGAUUGAAUAAUUCAAAUAUAUUUGUGAUUUUUUUUUCCUUUUUUUAAAUGAGAGCGUGAGGGUGAGCAAGAGAGAGAAAGAGAGAAUUGGUGUGCCAGGGCCCCCAACCACUG